AUGAAUAACCGUUGGAUUUUUACAUUACAAGGAACCAUCGCCAGAAGUGUGCAAGAGAAUGAAAGGGACUGUGCUAACCGGCUGCGUGGAAUUUCAUUAAUGAUGGCCGAGGCAGGUCGCUCGGCUGCUAUAUAUCUCGGCUCGGACAUUGUGAAAGUGAAGUUACCGUGUGAUGGGAAGAAAGAUUGGUGGCUAGAAUUCAGUGUAUUGGCCAAAAGAGGCGAAUGGUUACACAUGGCUUGUAAGUGUAUCCAUCACAAUUGGUAA